GCUCUUGUUGGUUCUUACGUGGGCGAACCGAGUGGUCCUGAUCCAGAAUGGCUACCCUGAUCUUUGUUGAUAAGGAAAAUGGAGAACCGGGCACCCGUGUGGCUCCCAGGGACGGGCAGAAGCUGCGGUCUAAGCCUCCAGUCAAAACUUUAGGUGGGAGAUCUCAGGUUUCAACACCACAAGUAGGCAAAAUGUUGGAUGCUCAAGCAACCUUGCCUAAAGUUACCAGAAAGGCUUUGGGAACUGUCAACAGAGCCACCGAAAAUUCAGUAAAGAACAAUGGACCUCUCAAACAGAAGCAGCCAAACUUCUCUGCCAAAAAGGUAACUGAGAAGACUGUCAAAGCAAAAAGCACUGUUCCAGCCUCGGGUGACACCUAUCCUGAAAUAGAAAAAUUCUUUCCUUUAGAUUUUGAGAGUUUUGACCUGCCUGAAGAGCACCAGAUUGCACACCUCCCCUUGAAUGGAGUGCCUCUCAUGAUCCUUGAUGAGGAGAGGGAACUUGAAAAGCUGUUACACCUGGGCCCCCCUUCACCUCUGAAGAUGCCCUCUCAACCAUGGGAGUCUAAUCUGUUGCAGUCUCCAAGCGUUCUGUCGACCCUGGAUGUUGAAUUGCCACCUGUUUGCUAUGACUUAGAUAUUUAAAUUUCUUAGCACUUAAUAGUUUGUAUGUUUUGUAUUAAUAAAGAAAUUCUUUAAUAGAC